GGAAAUGACGAAUCUUGUGUGAUUCAAUGAUCAAUAUUCUAUACAAAUGAAAUGAAAUGCCGUUGGUGUCACAAAAAAUUUCAAGUGAGUAAAGAUGAAAUCAUUAACAAUAUGCGUGGUUUCAUCUCCGAUGUAGAGAGUUCUCUGCGUUUUAGGUCGGUACACAUCUAAGGUGGACGUUUAGGAAGGGUGCAUGUGCUCCUCUCUGUUUUUGUUAUCAGCUGUCUUUUUUCGGGAUUCCUUCAUCUUCUGUUUCGUCCGUCGCAGGUUAGGGAUUUUCUCAUAGAGUCUCAAAUUGAAAAUCUGCAAUCAAUCAAUCAGGUAUGGAGUUUCUACCUAAUCUACUUCCUCAGUGGUGAUGUGAUUGGUAGAGUUUUUCCAGCAAACUGUUGCAUAGACAUAAAGCUAUUUGCGCUGCAUUUAAUAGCUUCAUUGAGAAAAGAAUGGGCUUUCUGACACUAAGAUGGCAUCACGGUACUGUUUGUCUAACUAGCAAAUCCCCUCCUUCAAAGAAAAAUCCAUGGAGCAGAUUUUCAUCGUGUGAUUAGUUCUCUCUGUGCCAUUGAAUGGAGAUGCAUAUGGAUUGAGAUUUUCUUUUCCCUUCAUUUCCAUGUUCAAUUUGAUUUCAAAAAGGUGAAUCUUGUGCCCUGAAUUUUGUCUAUAAAAGGAUGGUUGGUGAACCACAUUCAAUACACAGGCAUUCUGCUGUCUUCUAUUUUCUCCUAGGCUGUGUUUAUUCCAUAUUUUUUGUGUUUAUAUCUUCAUCUAUUUGAUAUGAUUUCUAAGAUGCAUCCUCCUAGAGAGGCUUGGAGGCUGAAAGUUAGGGUUAUAAGUCUUUGGGUUGUGCCCUCUUUUGGUAACUCCUUGAUGAGCAUGUUAGUCCCUAUUAGCUAUUGUUUUAAAUAUGGUGUUAGUUGUUCUUUUUAAGUUUUCAACUUAAAAUUAUGUUUUUUACUAAUAUGAUUUUGUUUUUUUGUUGCAUUUCCAGUGUGAAAAAAUUCAAGUUACAGUUAAGAAACAACUUCUUAAUAUGUUUAGGGAUCAUAUAAUUGAAGGUCAAGUUUAUAGAAUGGCAUACUUUACUGAUGUGUCAAAUCAUGGUAGUUAUAGAGUAACUUCUCAUGAAUUCAAAUUGAUUUUCCUUCAUCGAACCACUGUUGUAGCUGUUGAUGAAGAUGUUAUCUCAAAGACUUAUGUCACUGGUCUUUUAACCUCGGUGAGAGAAGAGAAAGAAUAUGCAAAAGAUGGGAAAAUCGUGAAAAUAAUUGUGCUAGAAUUCAGUUCAAAAGAUCUUACAAUGCGUUGUGCAUUAUUUGGGGACUAUGUUAAUCAAGUAAAUCAUUUCCUAGCCUCUGCCUAUGUGGAGCAACUUGUUGUUGUUAUUAAACUUGCGAAAGUCAAGUUCUUUAGAGGUCAAGUAGGUCUCCAAAAUGUGAUGUAUGCCACUCAAAUGUUAUUUAAUCCUGAUCUUUUUGAAGUUGUUGAAUUCAGGCAGAGGUUAGCAUGGUUUAUUUUGCUGUUUUUGUUUCUAUUCUUGAGAUACAGCCAAUCUAGAGUAAUAAGGACAUGUAUUUGCAUCAUUUUUUUGUUAGUAUAAUUGAGCAAGGUGUCAAUGGUAUCCAGUAACUGUUUAUUGCAGAUGAGGAUAAAGUUGUUUUCUUGGAAAACGAUUUCAUGCGCUUAACUAGAAGAUGCACUAUUGAAGAGCUCCAAGAUAAUAAUGAGGUUGGCAUUUAUUGAGUUAGUUUAUUUUAUACACCAAUGAACAAAGAAAUAAAAAACAAAAAAUAAUUUUCAAAUCUGUUCUUUUAUGAAUAUUGUUAACAAAAUUUAAAAUGUUCAUUGUCUAGGAGGGUUCUUUUAUCAUUUUCGAUACAAUCAAAGGUAUUGUUGAAGAUGAAAGUUGGUGGUAUUAUGUUUGUGUGUGUGGAAAGGAUAUUUAUCCCCAAAAUGGUGUAUACUACUGUGAUUUCUGUGUGAAGCAUAUAACUAAUGUCACUCCGAGGUAAAAAAAUUUUGUUCAAAAUAUUUUUUUAUUUUGUGUUAUGGAUCUUUUAUAAGAAUAAUGUUUUAUGUUAUUAUUCAUUUUGAAAAUUUUUUUUAUUAUGCAAAUUUAAAAUUAAAAUAACACUUGAAGAUCAUAGUAGGAAGGGUAUUUUUGUUUUCUUUGAUCGUGAAGCAUCUUAUUUGUUUAAGAAAUCAUGCACUAACCUGUUUACUGAGGUUAAAAAAGAUGCAAGUGUAUGUUCUUAGUUUUUUUUUUUUGUUGUUCACUUUAUGUGGUUCAUUUUUUAUAGCUAUAUUCUUUAUUUUGGUUGAUAUGCGUUACUCAAUCUGUGUAUUUCUUAUCUAUUACCUUGAAAAUAGCUUAUAUGUGGGGAUACUUAUCCUCUCAUAUUCCAAGGGCUCAUUGAAAAAAAAUUAUUGCUGAAGGUUGAUACCAAAGGUGUUGGACUUGAUAAAUUUUUUGGCACUUUUCGAGUUAGGAGAGUAUGUGAUGAUCUCACCAUUAUUGCUAUGUUUGAACUUCCUGAUUAUGAUACUGAUGAUAAGUCUACUCCAAAGAAAGUUACAUAUACAUAUAAGUAUUUUUAGAUUGUGUAAAUUCAUGCUUUUUUAUUUUUUGUAUUGUGCUGUGGUCAAUUUUUCUUAUGUUCUUUUUUAUUUUUUAACUCUUAUGCUAUAUGAAUAGGAGUCUGAGUUAAAAAAUUUGUGCCAUGUGAAAAACAGGAUACUGAUAUUAAGAAGGAGUCAUCAAGCAUUUUUAUCAAAAGUGACAAUGUUGUUGCGGAGUCUUCUGGGAUUUUAUCUAAAUCCCUAGUUCUUAUAGAUUUUCUGGCUGAAAAAUAGUUUGAUGUUUCUGAAGGGAUUGAGGUUACUGUUUUAAUUAAUGAUGAAAAUGGAAAAGUUGAGAAAAUACCUGAGAAUGAGAAAAUACCCGAGAGUAAUACCCUUAGUGAUGACUUUCUUCUAAACUGGAUAUAUUGCUUAGCUCACCAGUAAAAGAAACUCAGGUGCUAUUAUAUAAUACUUUUUUUCCUUUCCUAUGUAUGCCGUUUCUAAAUGGAUUUUUAUUGAUUGAGUCAUUUUCAUACCUUUUGUUAAUUCCUGUGUCAUAGGAGGUGUUCUUCCAAGUUCUAAAUGCAUGUUCACACUAUGGAGAGAUGGUUAUUGAUGAAGACCAUUAGCCGCCUCAUCAAAUUGGGGAUUCAAAUUCCUCUUGCCCUUGGAAGUGACAACAUGAUCUUCACGAAUAACCUUCUCUCUAUAGUGGAAACAUGCAUUUAGAACUUGGGAGAACACCUCCUAUAACAUAGGAAUUAACAAAAGGUAUGAAAAUGACUCAAUCAAUGAAAAAUCCAUUUAGAAACGGCACACAUAAGAAAGGAAACAAAGUAUUAUAUAAUAGCACCUGAGUUUUUUUCACUGGUGAGCUAAGCAAUAUAUCUAGUUCAGAAGAAAAGUCAUCUCUAAAGGUAUCAUUCUUGGGUGUUUUCUCAACUUUUUCAUUUUCACCAUUAAUUAAAGCAACAACCUCAAUCCCUCCAUAAACAUCACGUUGUUUUUCAGCCAGAAAAUCUAUAAGAACUGGGGAUUUAGAUAAAAUCCCAGAAGGCUCAACAGCAACAUUGUCACUUUUGAUAGAAGUGCUUGAUGACUCAUUCUUAAUAUCAGUAUCCCUUUUUUACAUGGCACAAAUUUUUUUAAUUCAGACUCCUAUUCAUAUAGCAUAAGAGUUAAAAAAUAAAAAAGAAUAUAAGAAAAGUUUACCACAGCACAAUACAAAAAAAACAUGAAUUUAUACAAUCUAAAAAUACUUAUAUGUAUAUGUAACCUUUUUUAGAGUAGACUCAUCAUCAGCAUCAUAAUCAGAAAGUUCAAACAUAGUAAUAAUGGUUGGAUCAUCACAUACUCUCCUAACUCGGAAAAUGCCAAAAAAUUUAUCAAGUCCGACACCUUUGAUAUCAACCUUCAGCAGCAAAUUUUUUCUAAUGAGCGCUUGGAAUAUGGGAGGAUAAGUAUCCUCAUAUAUAAGCUAUUUUUAAGGUAAUAGAUAAGAAAUACACAAAUUGAGUAACACAUAUAAACUAAAAUAAAGAAUAUAGCUAUAAAAAAAAUGAACCAUAUAAAGUGAACAACAUAGAAAAGAAAACUAAGAACAUACACUUGCAUUUUUUUGAACCUCAAUAAACAGGUCAGCACAUGAUUUCUUAAACAAAUAAGAUGCUUCACGAUCAAAGAGAACGAAAAUACCCUCCCCACUAUGAUCUUCAAGUGUUAUUUUAAUUUUAAAUCUGCAUAAUAAAAAAUGUUUCAAAAUGAAUAAUAACAUGAAACAUUAUUCUUAUAAAAGAUCUACAACACAAAAUGAAAAAACAUUUUAAACAAAUUUUUUUUUACCUCGGAGUGACAUUAGUUAUAUGCUUCACACAGAAAUCACAGUAGUAUGCACCAUUUUGAGGAUAGAUAUCCUUUUCACACACAAGCAAAAUACUACCAACUUUCAUCUUCAACAAUACCUCUAAUUGUACCGAAAAUGAUAAAAGAACCCUCCUAGGCAAGGGACAUUUUAAAAUUUGUUAACAAUAUGCAUAAAAGAACAUAUUUGAAAUUUGUUUUUUUUUUUUCAUGUUCAUUGGUGUAUAAAAUAAACACAACUCAAUAAAUGCCAACCUCAUUGUUAUCUUGAAGCUCUUUAAUAGUGCGUCUUCUAGUUAAGCGCAUGAAAUUAUCUUUUAAAGAAACAACUUUACCCUCAUUUGCAAUAAACAAUGGCUGGGUACCUUUGACACCUUGCUCAAUCAUACUAACAAAAAAAUGAUGCAAAUACAUGUACUUAUUACUCUAGAUUGGUUGUAUCUCAAUAAUAGAAACAAAAAUAGCAAAAUAAACCAUGCUAACCUCCGCCUGAAUUCAACAACUUCAGAAAGAUCAGGAUUAAAUAACAUUUGAAUGGCAUACAUCACAUUUUGGAGACCUACUUGACCUACACAGCAAUACCGAAAGAGUCAAGCAAAGUUCAUGGGAGACAACACUUAGAGUAGCAAUAAGAAAAUGUACAGAAAUUAAACAAUGUACCCCUAAAGAACUUGACUUUCGCAAGUUGCAAGGUAGUCAAAUCGCGCUUCAACUCGUGAAACGCACGAUUUCACGUUUUUGCAUCUUCUCUCCGUGUCGGUUUCGCUUCUCGUCCAGAAUUCACCUGCAUCUUAUAGAAUCGCCGCGUAAAAACGCAGAGCCGCCAGAAUCGCCAAUUUUGCUGCGAUGUUGCGUUCAAGAUGGAAGAAGCUCUUUUUUUGGCCCUGAUUGCAGCCCAAUCCAACCCAAUGGCCCAAUCUAAAUAGAAGACUAUGGAAGAUGGGGAGCCCUAGCAGACUAGCAUUUAAAUUACGCGCGACCAAAAUCUCCAAUUUGGAGUGUCACCGACUCGCCGUAAGGUUUGCUAUCGUUACUGUCGAAUCAGACUGGUGGUGGCUAGGCUAUGUGAGCGUCACUUUGCGAUCAUGAUUUACGAGAUUCUAUGGCUCUACCUCUUUGCCUCUGGUUCUAUGACUCUACCUCUCUUGCUCUAGAAUUUGGAUUGCAGUUGCUCUUCUCCUCUCCUUCACUGGUAGUUCAGAAAUGGAGGCAAAUCAAGUUGAGUGCAAUGAAAAUCCGACUAACAAUCUAACUUCUCAGGCCUAUAAAUUCGUGAGUUGUGAAUUUGUGUUUUAAUUUGUGAGUUGAGUUGUGUAUUUGUGUUAUGACUUAUGAAUUGUGACUUUUAACUUGUUAUGGUAUAAUAUUAGUUAUAGUCUUUUAGGUAAUUAGGUUUAUUUGAUAUUUAUUUUAUUAUUGGUAAAAUAAAUUUUUGCUAUCAAAGUUUUCAUAAUUUUUAUAUUUUACGAGUCACGUUCACGUUCUGUCUUACAAUUCAACGAAUUACGAUUCUAAAUUAGGUUAGCGAAUCGAGAUAAAAACUACGAGUUUACUACCUUGGCAAGUUGAAUGACAACAACAAGCUGCUCCACAUAGCCAGAGACUAGGAAAUGAUUUACUUGAUUAACAUAGUCCCCAAACAAUGCACAACGCAUUAUAAGACUGAAACUCAAAAGAUGAAAAAGAAUGAAACAGAAGAAAAAAGAUCAUUCAAAGAUAAAAAGAAACCACCAUAAAUGACUGAAUCAACAUACUUUUUUGAAGUUAAUUUCAGCACGAUCAUUUUCACGAUUUUUUCCUCUUUUGCAUAUUCUUUCUCUUCUCCCAUCGAAGUUAAAAGAUCAAUGACGUCUGUUCCAAAUAAAUACAACCUAUUAAAUUUUCAAACAAUUCGUUACAAAAACUUGAAUAAAAGAAUAGCACAAUAAUAUACAUACCAACCAAAAAAUCAUAAUCUUGGGUCAUGUUUAGCAGGUCAGAAAAAGAAAACAUGUUGAAACAAGUUUUUGAGAUAACAUCUUCAUCAACAGCUACAACAGUGGUUCGAUGAAGAAAAACCAAUUUGAAUUUAUGAGAAGUUGUUCUAUAACUACCAUGAUUUGACACAACAGUAAAGUAUACCAUUUUAUAAACUUGACCUUCAACUAU